CGCCGGGGAGGGAGCGGGCCGGGAAACCCACAAACGAGCCCCCCCAGCCCCCUUGGUACCCCCGCCCCCCCUUGUCGGGCUGUGGCCGCAGUCCCGCUCCGUCCCCUUUGCGCAGCGGGCGGUCGCCUGAGCCGGGCCCGGAGGGCGCCGCGCCCGGAGAUCCGCCGGCGGGGGAGCCGCGCCGGGCCGGGGCCGGGGCCGGGGGGGCGGCGGUGCAGGAUUAGGUUUCAGGCCGCCGGGGCGUGCCUGAGCGCGCUUCCCCCGCGGCGCGGCUCGGCGCCGUUACUUGGGGGCGGAAAGGGCGAAGGCGGAAAGCAGAGCUGGGCUACGGGGCCCGCCGAGCCGCCGGGAAGCGUGCAGUCCAGGGUCUCUUGGCUGAUGAAACCAAGUGGUUGAUGCUAAUCUGGUAAGCUGAUGUCCUGGCAGUAAAACGUUCUCUGGUUGCAUUCACAACACAGCCCCAAGAGUAGAGGAAGGACUGGAAUGGUGAAACAGGAAAGAACUGCUUUGAUUGGCAUUGCCGCUGAGAAAAACACCUGUGAAUGUGACACAAAUGCCUCUAUUUGUAAAUAGGGGCUGUGAAUAGAAGAAGUGAUAGUAGUUUGUUAAUCUGGAAGCAAAAGUUUCAAGAAAAACUCAUUUUUCCUGAGUGCUUAGAGAUCACAGCUGUCUGUGUAUUGGUAAGCUCACUAGAUUCAAGUCGGGGUGCUAGAUUGAAGUGCUUUCCUAUUAUCAAGAAACCAAAGGCACCAUUGUGAAAGGGAGAUAUUGUAUUUGCUGCUUCUUACUAUUGUUGGAAUAGAAGCUGAGAAGCAGAAAACAUGUUGGAAACAAUUGAUACACAUCGGGCUCUCCAGGCCAUGGAGCGCUUACAGGCAAAACUUCGGGAUCGAGGUGACAUUGCAAAUGAAGAGAAACUGAGCUUAUUAAAAUCGGUACUGCAGAGUCCUCUCUUCAACCAAAUUCUCAACCUUCAGACUUCUGUUCAACAACUGAGAGAUCAGGUAAAUAUUACACCUUCCAUACAUUCCACUGGUGAAUUCCCCCAGCUUCUCCAUCAUGGUGUGAAUGUGCCACAUAAUGAGUCACAUUUGUUGGCUCAGCAGAAUGGCAGCACAGCUAACAUGCUAGAAGCAUCGAUGAGAUCCAUUACGCCUCAGAUUAAUGGGAAGUCCUCUAGUGAUGACUUUGACCAGCUGAUCAGAAAUAUGUCUCAGGGUCGUCUUGUGGAGACCAUUGAGCUUAUUAAACCUUUAAGUGGUGGUCUGGGCUUCAGUGUUGUGGGACUCAAGAGUGAAAACAGGGGAGAACUAGGAAUAUUUGUGCAAGAAAUCCAGGAGGGAAGUGUGGCACAUAGAGAUGGAAAGCUGAAGGAAGCAGAUCAAAUCCUUGCUAUUAAUGGACAAGCCCUUGAUCAGACAAUUACACAUCAACAGGCUAUCAGCAUCCUACAGAAAGCAAAAGAUAAUGUCCAGCUGGUUGUGGCCAGGGGCACGUUCCCUCAGCUGAUCAGUCCUGUAGUUUCCCGGUCUCCGUCUGCUGCUAGCACAGUUUCAGCCCAUUCCAACCCGGCGAAAGAAUACCAGGAGCUCCCAGUUGUCGCUUCAGUACCACCCCGCGUUCAUUGGCAGCAUGUGGAGACCAUUGAGCUGGUGAACGACGGCUCAGGUUUGGGAUUUGGGAUAGUGGGAGGAAAGUCAACUGGAGUGAUUGUUAAAACCAUCCUCCCAGGAGGGGUGGCUGAUCAGCAUGGGAGAUUGUGUAGUGGAGACCACAUCUUGAAAAUUGGUGAUACAGACCUGGCUGGAAUGAGCAGUGAGCAGGUGGCACAAGUUCUGAGGCAGUGUGGAAAUCGAGUGAAACUGGUAAUUGCAAGAGGUCCUGUUGAGGAGCCACCUCCACCAGUAGUCCCUCCAGGUACACCAGUACCCAUCUCCACAACAGAGAAACAGGUAGCUGCUUCUGUUGAUAGCUGUGAAGAUGGGGAGAAAUUUAAUGUUGAACUCACUAAAAACAUUCAGGGGUUAGGAAUAACUAUUGCUGGUUACAUCGGAGACAAAACAUCAGAACCUUCUGGUAUCUUUGUGAAAAGCAUUACAAAAGGCAGUGCGGUUGAACAUGAUGGCAGAAUCCAUGUGGGAGAUCAAAUUAUAGUUGUGGAUGGAACAAAUCUUCAAGGUUUUACUAAUCAGCAAGCAGUUGAUGUUUUGCGGCACACGGGACAAACAGUCCAGCUCACUUUGAUCAGAAGAGGGCUUAAGCAGGAAACUCACAUUCAGCCUCAGGAGGACUUCAGUGCUGCUGUUGAAAAGGACUUAGUGUUCCACACAAUGGAUAGUAGCACAACCAAAGAUAACAGUGAAACAGAACAGGGAUCUCCAUCACUGCCCUGCAGUGCCAGUGUGGUAAAUACUGGAGAGGAUGUGAAACAACAGGAAACAGAUUUCCAGCUAACUCCUACAGAAGAAGAAGCUACAAAGGCAAAGUGGCAGAGGAUUAUGGGUUCAAAUUAUGAAAUAGUGGUAGCUGUAGUUAACAAAUUUAGUGAAAGCAGUGGGUUAGGGAUAAGUCUUGAAGCUACAGUGGGACAUCAUUUCAUCAGAUCUAUCUUACCAGAGGGGCCAGUUGGACGAAGCGGCAAGCUGUUCAGUGGAGAUGAGCUCCUGGAAGUGAAUGAGAUCUCUUUGCUUGGAGAAAACCACAAGGAUGUGGUCAAUAUCUUGAAAGAACUGCCUAUUAAGGUGACAAUGGUAUGCUGUCGUCCAGUAGCUCCCCCCAUCACUCACCCAGAAGUACUGGAGAGUCUAAGUUUAUCUGAGGUUCAGCUCACAGAAAAGGCUCAUGUAGAACUUGGAUUCAUUAGCUCCUCGGACACGGAAGGAGCAUCUUUGGAAAUAGCUGCUGAGGGUCAUCGUAAGGGAGAGGAGCAAAGCUCAUCUUUGGCGAUGUGGGAAACAGAAGUACAGCACAUUGAGUUGGAGAAGGGGAGUAUAGGACUUGGAUUUAGCAUAUUGGACUACCAGGAUCCUGUUGAUCCAGCAAACACCGUGAUUGUGAUUCGCUCAUUAGUUCCUGGGGGUGUGGCCGAGCAAGAUGGGAGACUUCUUCCUGGAGAUCGGCUUAUGUUUGUCAAUGAUAUCAACUUGGAGAAUGGCAGCCUGGAGGAAGCGGUACAAGCACUGAAAGGAGCCCCAGCAGGAACAGUUAAAAUAGGAGUUGCCAAACCACUGCCUCUUUCACCAGAGGAGGGCUAUGUCUCUGCUAAGGAAGAUUGCUUUUUCUACACUGCCCAGUCACUUGAGGAGGGGCCAGCUGAUGCAGCCCUCUUCCAUGCUGAGCUGGCUCUGGUGGACUCCAGCGAGGCAGAUCAGUCGGAUGAGUUCACAUUUGAAUCACAGUAUUCUCUAGAGGAUGACGUCUAUCAGUCUUCAAUGGUAGGUCUGCAUAGCACUGCCUGUAAUGAUGAGCUGACCUACACCUGUCUUCAAUUGUCAACUACCAAGUCUGUUGGAGAGGAAGGUUUACAUGCUACAUAUGUUUUCCAAGUAUUGGAUGAGAGUCUGUACAACAUGGAUCAGAAUCAGAGUCUGAAAGAGGAAAAGUCCGUAGUGAGCAAUAGCCUGGAAACUGCAGCUGGUUUUACGAAAAAGGAUCUUCUGCCUUUGGAUGUUUCAGAUAGCAACCAAAUUGAAAGUGAAAACAAAGCAACAUGGACUGGAUCUCAGACAACAGCAGAAACUGCGCUAAGUACAAGCCUCGCUACUACCACACAGCUUGAUCCCACUGGAAAAGAUCAAGCGCUUUUAACGCAAAAGAGAUGCCCAAUAUCUUUGGAGGAAAGUUCCACAACUCCAAAUUCAGUCAAAAACAUCUAUGAGAAGACUAUCACUAUUGCAAAAGGCAAUUCAAGUCUAGGGAUGACAGUAAGUUCCAGUAAGGAUAGCUCAGGAAUGAUAGUCCGCAGCGUCAUCCAUGGAGGCUCAAUAAGUCGUGAUGGACGAAUUAGUGUGGGGGACUGCAUCCUGUCCAUUAAUGAAGAGGCAACCACAGACUUAACCAACGCACAAGCCCGGGCUAUGCUGAGGAGGCAUUCACUCAUUGGACCAGAUAUACAAUCUUCUCCAGCACCUGCUGAUGAUCAGGCCCUCUUUUAUGUUAUUACGUACGUGCCAGCAGAAAAUUUAGACGAGUACAGGGCCAGUUUGGGACAACAGACAGAGGGACCUGUGCCACUUGAAUUUUUUCCUUCACAUACCGUCAGCAGGGAACUCCCAGAGCUUCCAGAACGUGAAGAGGGGGAGGGAGAAGAAAGUGAACUUCAAAAUGCAGCUUUCAGUAACUGGAACCAGCCCAGAAAGGUUGAACUCUGGAGAGAGCCUAACAAGUCACUGGGGAUCAGCAUUGUUGGAGGACGAGGGAUGGGGAGUCGCCUGAGUAAUGGAGAAAUGAUGAGAGGGAUCUUUAUCAAGCACAUCCUGGAAGACAGCCCAGCCAGCAAAAAUGAAACGCUGAAAACCGGAGAUCGGAUUGUGGAGGUGGAUGGAGUUGACCUCAGAGAUGCCAGUCACGAACAAGCUGUGGAAGCCAUACGGAGGGCAGGCAAUCCUGUAGUCUUUAUGGUACAGAGCAUUAUAAACAAACCAAGGCCAGAGUCUCUUUAUAGCCCUUCUUCAGCUUCUGCUCCCUGUGGGCAGAAAACUACUAACCCAUUUUAUCGCCAGUCAUCUAAGAACCCUUCCCUGCCUUUCCUGCAGACCAGUCUUUUGUGUAGGUCAACUGUCUUCAGCAGCACUAACCCAUUUGCUGAUUCUUCUCAGUUCAACACUGACAAGGCAUUUGGUCAGUCUGAUGCAGAGCCAGAAAAGACUUCGCUUUGGAACUUAUCUCUGUCUCCUCCUUCAGCAUUUUCAGAAAUGACUUGUGGUGUUGCACAGUCAUCUACCAGGGUCCCAGAGGAUGCGGAGCAGGAGGAUGAGUUUGGUUACAGCUGGAAAAAGAUCAUGCAGCGCUAUGGAAAUCUGCUGGGGGAACUACACAUGAUUGAGCUGGAAAAAGGAAGGACAGGUCUGGGACUUAGUCUUGCUGGUAACAAAGACCGAUCCAGGAUGAGUGUCUUCGUAGUGGGAAUUGAUCCAAAUGGAGCAGCUGGCAAAGAUGGCAGGUUACAGAUUGCAGAUGAGUUACUAGAGAUAAAUGGGCAAAUACUCUAUGGAAGGACUCAUCAGAAUGCUUCCUCAAUAAUCAAAUGUGCACCAUCUAAAGUAAAAAUAAUCUUUAUCAGAAAUAAAGAUGCAGUAAAUCAGAUGGCUGUUUGCCCUGCAAAGUCAGUAGAGGUGUCACAGUGUACUUCAGGGACUCUUCAACAUCAAGAGAUUGAUAUCAGUACUACAAACUCCAGUGCUUGUUCUGACUUCAGUUCAUGUAAAAACAUUCAGUAUGUGGAACUCCCUAAGGAUCAAGGAGGCUUGGGAAUUGCCAUUAGUGAAGAAGACACAAGUAAUGGAGUAAUUAUUAAGAGCUUAACAGAUCAUGGUGCUGCAGCAAAGGAUGGACGAAUCAAAGUUGGAGAUCAGAUCCUGGCAGUGGAUGAUGAAAUUGUUGUGGGAUAUCCAGUAGAAAAGUUUAUUAGUCUCCUGAAGGCAUCCAAAACUGCGGUGAGGCUUACAAUCAACUCCGCAGAGAUGGAUAGCCUGACUGCAGCACCAGUCCCUUCUAGCACUGCCCUGGCAGAGAGGAGGAAUCUGCAGGCACCAGCAACUAUCCCCUCUUCCAGCUCACCAGAACCAGAAGCCACCAAAAACACAAGCAGAUGUUCAACUCCAGCCACGUUAGCUUCUGACCCAGCUACUUGUCCCAUCAUUCCUGGAUGUGAAACAACCAUUGAUAUCUCCAAAGGGCGGACUGGUCUUGGUCUGAGCAUAGUUGGAGGAGCAGACACUUUGCUGGGAGCAAUCAUUAUCCAUGAAGUAUAUGAAGAAGGAGCAGCAUCUAAAGAUGGGAGACUGUGGGCUGGGGAUCAGAUAUUAGAGGUGAAUGGGCUUGACCUCAGGAAUGCCACACAUGAUGAAGCAAUAAAUGUCCUCCGACAGACUCCCCAGAAAGUUCGUCUGACUGUGUACAGAGAUGAGGCCCAGUACAAGGAGGAAGACAUGUAUGAUGUACUCAAUAUAGAGCUCCAAAAGAAGCCUGGAAAAGGCCUUGGACUGAGUAUUGUUGGGAAAAGAAAUGAUACAGGGGUGUUUGUGUCAGACAUCGUCAAAGGAGGAAUAGCAGAUACAGAUGGGAGAUUGAUGCAAGGAGACCAGAUAUUGACAGUGAAUGGAGAAGAUGUUCGAAAUGCUAACCAGGAGGCCGUUGCAGCUUUGCUAAAGUGUUCAUUAGGUACAGUAAGACUAGAGGUCGGAAGAAUAAAAGCUGGUCCAUUCCACUCUGAGAGGAGAACAUCCCAGAGCAGCCAGGUCAGCGAAGGAAGUGGCAGUCUCUCAUCGUUCGGUUUCCCAGUUUCUGGGUCCAGUGCACCUGAAGUCUUUGAAAGUGGUCUGAAGAAGAAUACUGCAGCUUCUGAAAUACAGGGACUAAGAACAGUUGAAAUAAAAAAGGCCCCUACAGAUUCACUAGGAGUGAGCAUUGCUGGAGGUGUAGGAAGUCCUCUUGGAGAUGUUCCUAUAUUUAUUGCCAUGAUGCAUCCGAAUGGAGUUGCAGCUCAGACUCAGAAACUCAGAGUUGGGGACAGGAUUGUUAGCAUCUGUGGAACAUCUGCUGAGGGCAUGACUCACUCCCAAGCUGUUAGUCUCUUAAAAAGUGCUUCAGGGACUAUUGAGUUGCAGGUUGUAGCUGGAGGAGAAGUAAGUGUCGUAACUGGUCAGCAGCAGGAUCCACCUACGUCCAAUCUUUCAUUUGUGGGACUAACUUCAACCAGCAUUUUUCAGGAUGAUUUAGGACCUCCUCAGUACAAGACUAUUACUCUGGAUAGAGGACCAGAUGGUCUAGGCUUUAGUAUUGUGGGUGGUUAUGGCAGUCCCCAUGGAGACCUACCCAUUUAUGUAAAGACGGUGUUUGCAAAGGGUGCAGCAGCAGAAGAUGGACGCCUGAAGAGAGGGGAUCAAAUCAUUGCUGUGAAUGGGCAGAGUUUAGAAGGGGUGACCCAUGAGGAAGCGGUUGCUAUUCUGAAAAAGACAAAAGGAACAGUGACUUUGACUGUUUUGUCGUGAAUUUGCUGCCCAAAGGAUUAGGGUUAAUAAGACUAUAUUAUUUACAUUCCACAUAGCAAAGAGAAUGCAAGUGUUUAUAUAGUCUUCUUCCUCUUCCAGCUUCACAGGAUUGUGUUACAAUACUGAAGAAAAAUAACAUCUAACCAUAUUUUUGUAUACAAUAGAAAUAUUUCUCUUACUGUCAAACCAUGGGGAUGGAGUUAUGUCAACUAUGGAAAGACAUGGAUAUUUUUGCUAUUAGUAUUGUAAUGAAUGCUUGUAAGCCACCAAAAAAAAAAAAAAAAAAGGAAUGUUUGCAUUAAUGACCACACAACAAAACUGGAGUGUUGUGCUAAGAGGCUUUGGAUAUUUGAAAUAUGUUGGAAAAAUUGUAAAAUCACCAAGUCAACAAGGGGGUGGCAUGGGCAGCAGUAGUCAGAAAACAGAAAUAAGGUUAUUGAAGAAAGAAAGCAUUAACAAAAUACGGAAUUUUUGAGAAAAGAAGGAAAAGUAUGUAAUCUGGAGGCAGAUGAUUAAUGGACUUAGAUGGUUAUUUGUAUUCCACAAUGCCCAAGUCGAAGAAACCAGGAGGGUAACUUGGCUGAGUAUUUUUGCUUGUCUGUUUGUGUGUUUACAUUUCCCCAAAAAAUAAAAACUGUGGUUUAGUUUGGCUUAGGUUUGAGCGUUUGGGGUUUUUGCUUUUGAGGCAGGGGAGUGUGUGUGUUUGUUUUGAAAGGAGAGGACUUGUGCGCAGGGCUGAACAGUCCAUUUGCUAGUGGAAACUGCUGCUGGUGAAUGUGAGUGCCCAGCAGCUGCAGUUUUAGAAGAACUAGAUUUUUCUUUUAUGAUGGUAAUAUUUUCUAGCCUACAUGGGUGUGAAAGCAACAGUCACAAUAUGAAAUGUGUGUAAGCAAAGGUUGUCCUCUUCCAACGUGCAAAAUUUAAGUACGGGCUCAGUGCAGACCUUUCUGCGAGCUGCUUGAAUCAGAGCUGUGAACAAACCGUGCAGGGCAGGUUUACUUAGCUGCAGACAGAGACUUGUUAAGCUGAGGUGGAAGAAGCUGAUGUUACGGUGUUGCUGCCAUUAUCAGUAGCAGCAAAGGUAGAGUCCUCCUUAGACUGAAGAGGUUAAAACUAGGAGUUGAGGGUGGGUAAAAGGCUGAGUAGAGGUGAGUAGUAAGACAGCAGUGAACGUCUUUCUGCAUCAGCAUUAAGCAGAAGAGGAAAUUUGAGGGCCACAAAUACUGGUUUGGGUUUAUUAAUUUUAGAGGCACAAACACAAGACUGUCUAGUAAGCAUGAUGCAAUCAUGGAUCUGUUCUUUGGGCAGCAGUGUGGUCAAUACAUUUAUCAAUGUUCUCAGUUUCCUAAGUUGGGAUCCUCACUAAAACUUUAUCCAAAAACUGCACUCACUGAAACCCUUAGCUGAUUCAUCAAGUCUUUUGAGAGAGAAAGAUACCUAGCUAGUUGGCAUGCUGAUUAGCAGCAAGACCUUUUGUGUGAAUUAGCAAAAAAAAUUGUAGCAAGAAGCCCACCAUGUCAAUUGUCAUUUAAAAGAAAUCUGAACUGAAAAUGCAGGCAAUGUUCAAGCCAUUAUUAGGGUAAGAGACAAAAACUAGCAUUUGUUUUAGUGAGACACAAAACCAGUAUUAGAAAUAUCUGUGAAACAGGAUUAACAAAUUGAUGCUUAGGUCUAAGUGAAUUAACUAAAAACCCCACUCUCUUUAUCUCUUUAACUAUUCUAGAAGUUAUACAGUGAUAGGCUAAAAUGAAAGCAAACAUAUGGUACCGUUACUGGAUGAUGUGACUGAAUUGCUCUUCUUCUAUACUUAUUCCUUGGUUAGAGUGAGAAAUGCCUACAUCAGAGUAUGUAAAGUCUUUUUAAAUAGUAUCUAUAUUUGUAACAGAAGUAGUGUACAGAUAUUUUAUUACUGUUGUUGUGUCUAAAUGGAGGAUUUAAGUGAAUAAAUUCCAAACUGUCAAGAUGAAGAAACAAA